UGUCCCACUGCGGCACCCUGACCCGUGAUAACGGCAGCGCUCCUCCUGACAGCUUUAGCGACUUCUCUGACAGUUGGUUUAUCUCUGUUUCACUCAGUCUUUUACCUGUAAGAUGAACAGGAGACCUUAAUGUUAUCUGUGAACGUUUAUUCAUCGUCCUGUGAUGGAGAACAUUCACCGCCAAGGCGUUUGGGUGGCGGAGGCUCUUCAGCUGAGAACGAGAAGCCUGGAGGAUUUCUGGCUAGUCGCUUCUCAUAUGGGAGACCCGAAAGCUGCGGUUCUCCUGGUCUUUCCUGUCGUGUUUUACAUUCAUCGACGGACUGGCAUCGCUGUUCUCUGGGUAGCAGCUUUAUCAGAGUGGCUUAAUUUGGUUCUCAAAUGGUUCCUGUUUGGCGAGAGGCCAUAUUGGUGGAUUGGAGAAUCUGGAUUGUUUUCUAAAAACCCACCGAAAGUCCAGCAGUUCCUGUCUACCUGUGAGACUGGCCCAGGCAGUCCUUCGGGUCAUGCCAUGGUCACUAGUGCUGUCUGGUGGCUGAUCGUCUCUGCGCUGGCCUCAUUCUUUCACACUCGCACCGGCAGUAAGAUAUUGGCUGCAGUGCCGUACCUGUUGUAUGCAGUAUUUUUGGGAUGUGUGGGCCUUUCUCGGAUCUUCAUCCUGGCUCACUUCCCUCAUCAAGUCAUUGCCGGUCUUCUGACAGGGGUGUUGCUGGGGAUUUAUCUGAACCGGACUGUGCCUGAAUGUCGCCCUCUGCUGUUCUUCUUUUGCUGUAGCGUGACUUUGCUCUUUGGAGCGCUUGUGCUGCAUGGUGCCCUGCAAAAGACUGGGAUUGAUCUUUCUUGGUGGGUACAAUGUGACAUUGACUAAAUAUUUAG